AUGGAUGUGGAUGUGCCCGAACCUGGCCACUGGCCAGUCGAUCCGCAAGAAGAUCAAGAAAUACGUAAAGACCGCAUCUGGGUUGACGGAUGCUUUGAUUUUGCACAUCACGGCCAUGCCGGUGCUUUGCGACAAGCCCGUCAACUGGGAACAGAACUGUACGUUGGUCUCCAUUCAGAUGAAGAUAUCUUGGAGAACAAGGGUCCCACUGUCAUGAGGCUGGAUGAGCGAGUUGCUGCUGUUGAUGCUUGUCGAUGGUGCACCAAAUCUGUACCAUACGCGCCGUACGUGACAGCCUUGCCCUGGAUAUCCCAUUACGGAUGCUGGUAUGUGGUCCACGGAGACGAUAUCACCUCUGAUGCCGGCGGUGAAGACUGCUAUCGCUUUGUCAAGGCUGCUGGACGGUUCCUGGUGGUCAAGAGAACUCCAGGAAUAUCUACCACUGAUCUCGUCGGUCGGAUGCUUCUGUGCACGAAGACGCAUUUCAUCAAGUCAUUGACAGAGGUGCUCUAUGGUAGAAUGGAUGGAAAACCUGAUCCGGCGCGCGUGACGGCCGGGGCUGAAAUGCUUCAAAGAAUCAAAGACUAUGCCACCGAUGAGACUGCUCUCAAACCAGGCGUCGAAGUCUGGACCUGGGCUGGGGGUCAAUUGGCCAAACCAGGGGACCAAAGAGCUGAUGCAGGAUCGUUUGGAAAAUUAGUAUCUGGAGUUGGUCCUAAGCCCGGUCAACGUAUCGUAUACGUUGAUGGUGGGUUUGAUCUAUUCUCGUCGGGACACAUCGAAUUUCUCAAGCGAGUCAAUCAGGCAGAAAAGAAUGAGGCAUAUGUCGCGGUAGGAGUUCACAACGACGACGUCAUCAACCAUUGGAAAGGAUUAAAUUAUCCCAUCAUGAACAUCUUCGAGCGCGGACUCUGCGUGUUGCAAUGUCGAUAUAUCCACGCGGUGGUGCUCGGGGCCCCGUUUUCACCAUCCAAACCAUAUUUGGAAGCCAUGCCCGUGGGAAAAAUAGCCGCCGUGUACCAUGGACCAACUGCGUUUAUGCCUUCGACGUAUGACCCGUACGCAGACGCAAAGGAGAUGGGGAUCCUUCGCGAAAUCGAAAGCCACCCCUACUCACAUGUCAACGCCGGAGAGAUCGUGAUGCGGAUCAUGAAAGGCCGACAGGCCUUUGAAGAGCGCCAAAAAAGGAAAGGCGAAAAAGCGAUUGGAGAAGAAGCGGCGCGUCAACGAGAAAUCCUCGAACAAGAACAAGCAGCAAUUGAGGCGGAACGAAGAGCUGCCAUGAACUGA